CUAACUCAAGAGAUCUCUGAGACAACUUCCCUUUUGUAUGUCCCCGUUCUUUUCGAGAAUUCCGCUCGGGGCUUGAGUUCCGUCUCCCGAAUGAGUUUCAAGAGCCCGCUGCCUAUUCUACCCCUCAAGGCACUGAUGUUUGAGCCCAAGAGCUGCACCUACACUUACCUCCUGGGUGACAGAGAGUCCCGAGAGGCCAUUCUGAUCGACCCGGUUCUGGAGACAGCGCAUCGGGAUGCCCAGUUGGUCAAGGAGCUGGGGCUACGGCUGCUGUAUGCUGUGAAUACCCACUGCCAUGCGGACCACAUUACCGGCUCCGGGCUGCUCCGGUCCCUCCUCCCCGGCUGCCAGUCUGUCAUCUCCCGCCUUAGUGGGGCCCAGGCUGACAUUCACAUUGAGGAUGGAGACCCCAUCCACUUCGGGCGCUUCGCCUUGGAGACCCGGGCCAGCCCGGGCCACACCGCAGGCUGUGUCACCUUCGUCUUGGAUGACCACAGCAUGGCCUUCACUGGAGAUACCCUGCUUAUCCGAGGGUGUGGGCGGACAGACUUCCAGCAAGGUCACAGGCCCCUUUCCCCAGCCCGAGAUCUUAGUAUGGUUAUAUGGGUGCCAGGGUUUUAAGUGUCAGUUGCAAUAAUGAAUGAAUGAAUGUUAGACUUUUAGGGGGUCAGGAUUAGAUUCAAGGAGUUUAGUGCUGGAGUGGAGGAGAGUUGGGUUCAGAGGUUAGUGGUUGGUGGACAGUUAAGAGUCAAGACUGUGUGUUAGUUAUUUAUUGCCAUAAAGCAAAUCACCCCAGAACUUAGUGGCUUAAAACAAUGAUUAACAUCAUCUCACACAGGUUUGGAGAGUUAGG